AUGUCAAAGCUGCAAUACCGUCAAGAGCCACUCGCCAUCAUUGGCUUCGGCUGCCGCCUCCCCGGUGGCAAUAGCAACCCCCAGAAGCUAUGGGAGUUCCUGGAACGAGGCGAAGUUGCUUACAACAAGGCACCCAAAGACCGAUUCAACAUCGACGGCCACUAUGACGGCAGUCACAAGCCCCGAACCAUGCGCCAAGGCGGCGGCAUGUUCCUGAACGACGUCGACUUGGCUGAUUUUGACGCACCGUUCUUCGAGAUCUCGGGGACUGGUAAGGACUAUCCAUGA